AUGUGUCCUCCUGCCAUGGAGGAUGAGGAUGGCUACAUGGCCUUGGACAGGCGAUGCAAGCGGGGUGCUGUGCAGAGGCCGGGACCCCUCCAGGACACAGCUAGUGGUGUCCGAUCCUCCGUCUCCACCACAGUUUUUCAGAAGGCACCGACACCUCCCAACGCUCUGCAGAACAAGAGCGAGGCCGGGGGAAGGAACAGGACAGAGGUGUGCAUGAUUCCCUCCCUGCUGCACUACAUCUGCCACUGGAACGGCUCUGCAGGUAACCCCUUCCCCGGGGGGGUCCCUGGGGUGGGAUGGGUGUCCCCGGGGGGCUGCAAGUCCAGCUUGGUGUCAAUGAGCAUGGCGAGGAAGAGCUCGUUUUGCUGCCACGGGGGCUGCAAGCUGUGCCCCCAGUCCUGGGAGCUUUUUGGGGGCCAGUGCUACUGGGUUUCUAAGUCGACUGGGACUUGGAUGGAAGGCAAAAAAGACUGCGAAAGUCGGGGGUCCCAUCUGGCCGUGUUCCGAAACACCACCGAAAUGCACCCAAGGCACAGGUGGUGUUUGGGGCCUGUGUCUUUGAAGAUGAACCAAACAGGUUCAAAAAGCCAGCUUUGCACCCCAACAAGCCUCUUGCUGAAGGCCCCUGGAAGCCAACACUCCUCUCCCAUUCACCAGGAGCACUUAAGUGAGAUCACCCGCCAGGUCAAGCUAACAGUGUGGAUCGGAUUAAAGGCAUCCAACAACAUAUGGAAAUGGGUGGACAACUCUUCCUUCAACGCCACCCCGUGAGUACAGCUGCAACCCAUGAUGUGCAGAGCAGCUUUGCUCCAUUUCACCCCUGAGAUCUCCAAUAUUUUGGUGUUCACAACAGUAUUGCAAUGCCCCAGUAAGGCUUUGCAGCCUGAAAGUUGGCUGUACUGAGCACUGUAACCCACCAUCUCAUCACACCUAUGCAGCCAACGUGGUUUUAAUGUCCUGGGCAUGCUCCAGUGGAGGAAGGAGCCAGAUGGUAGUGCAAGCACAGCAAUCUGCACGCGCAUCUGGGCAAGCCCACAGCAAGAAGCCAUCUGGAGCCCAGUGAGACAGGCUGGGGGAGAAGCUCCCAUUGCCCCCUAAUCCAAGAGCAAAAGGAGCUGCUUUUAGGUGCUGACAGUUUUGGUUUGCAGGUUCGGUUCCCUUCGGAGUGUGGAGAACGGCUGCGUGACCUUUGUAGAGAAGUCGCUGGAAUACGAUGGCUGUGGGACCAACCACAAGUGGGUUUGCCAGACAGAACCCUUCCAUCUCCUUUCAAAGACUGCAGGAGACAGAGAGCUGUAUGGUGCCCACCCCGAAAAGCCCAUCCUGCAGGACGCUUGCUGCUAAUAUUUGGGGUGAAGCCAACCCUCCUUGUUAUGGCUCUGCAAGGAAUUUCGGGAUUUGAACCCAACCAAGCACAGCCAAGAGUAUUAGUGUAGGCUCUGUUUCAAUUAGCUU